AUGGCCUCAGCAACAGCCCAGAAUAUGUCCUACGGAGCCAACAAUUUCUACCGCAGCGAUCUAGUCACGCUCCAGCCGAUCAAUUUUCCCAAUCAGUUCGGACACACCAUUGCGGGCAACCUUAUCAUUCCUAGGGACUUCAGCAGCAAUCAUCCAGCCAUUGUUGUCAGCCACCCUGCGGGAGCCGUCAAGGAACAGAGUGCGAACCUGUAUGCCACCAAGCUGGCUGAGCAAGGUUUUGUUACUAUUGCUCUGGACCACCCCUUUUUCGGGGGCAGCUCGGGUGAACCACGUCAAUCGGUAGCUCCAGAGCUUUUCACAGAGGCAUUCAGUGCGGCGGUCGACUAUCUCGGCCUGCAGGACUUCGUCGACCGCGAGCGCAUUGGUGGGGUGGGUAUUUGCGGAAGCGGCUCCUACAUCAUCAGUGCGGCCAAAAUUGAUCCUCGCCUCAAGGCCAUUGCCACAUUCAGUAUGUACGACAUGAGGUCCAACUACCGCAAUGGCAUAAGGAACGGUACCAGCGCCUCAGCGCGCAAGGCAGCCAUAGCCGCGGCUGCAGAGCAACGCUGGAACGAGGCUGCAGGUAGCGAGAUCCAGUACAGUCUUGGAACGCCGCUUGCCAUCACAAAUGAGUCAACAGCCAUAGACCGCGAGUUCUUCGAUUUCUAUCGCACCCCUCGCGGCCAGUACACUCCCCCAGGGGGCCAGACAAACCUGACCACCGGGUCGGUGUCCACCAGCCUUGUCAGAUUCGCCAACUUCUACCCCUUCAACAACAUCGAGGACAUUUCACCCCGGCCCCUACUCUUUGUUUCAGGCGACCAAGCCCACUCGCGUGAGUUCAGCGAAAAUGCGUACAGGCUUGCAGUAGAGCCUAAAGAGCUCUUGUGGAUUCCUGGCGCUGGCCAUGUCGAUCUCUACGAUCGUGUCGACCUUAUUCCCUUUGAUAAGCUUGCCGACUUCUUCCAUACUAACCUUGGCGCCUAA